AUGCAAUUCGUCGUCGCUACCACCCUCGCCAUGAGCGCGUCGUCUGCCUACGCCGUCACAGGCAAGUUCUGGUGCAACGCCACCAAGGGCUCCAAUGCCGACUGCGUCCUCCCUGGCGUCGGGCCGACCUACGCCUGCGGUGAGGCCCAAGGCGCGUCAGGCUACCAGUCGAGCUCGAGCCGCAAGUACUGGACCAACCUCCCGAGCUGGGGCAAACUAUCUACACAAGCAUCGAUGAGAACAUCUGAGCUGAAGGUUGAGAGGUUAGCAAUUUUCGACAACUUCGGCGUGAACCAAUCUUAG